AUGUUUCAUCGCUUAGCUAUAUUGAUAUGUUUGUUCCUUUGUAUCAACUCUUCCGUUGCAAAGGGCUCAACAAAAUAUGAAAACAAUAAACACAAAAGAUUUUAUUAUGCUUGCAAUUAUCAGACCAGAAAAGAAGUGACUUUCUGUCUGAUGAUGGAUAAAGCUUGUCCUUGCAAAAACCAAAACCAGUUGGCUACAAUUGCCGGUUGCAUGGACAUCUUGAACAAAACAUCAGAAAGGUAUUUGGAACCAUGGGUGGAAAGUUGCUCUUAUCUGAAUGUGACAUUGGAAGGAGACUGGUUUGAACAAGCACUUGACUACUACAAAAGUAAUGCAAAGGCAGUCAGCGAAAUUCCAAACUUUAACAUAUCAGUGCCAAUUGAAACACCUUUUAUUUUGAACAGGACUAGAAUUGAUGUGUACCAGGAGUCUUAUAGAAGAUUCUACAACAAUCUUUAUGACUCAAUUGAUUAUGGAGCUGGUCUUUUAGGCUAUUGGUUGUUGGUGUUGCUUUUGGGGGCUAUUUUCAACUGGACAAAGUUUUUAUUCCCAGGACUCACAAAGAAAAUGACCAACCCAGUUAUCAACUUUUGGAGAGCUAACGUUUCACUUCCAGCCACAUUCAAAAUAAAGAAGCUGCAAGAGCAGCAAUUUUUGAGAGUCUUUAGUUUCUUGAUUCCAUCAAGAUUUGAGUCGUUGGUGAUUUUCCUCUUUUACUGCGUUACUAUUUGGCUCAAUGCUAUGAACUUGAAAGCACCAAAAGAAGAGGCCAUGUUUGAAUCCACAUACAAAGCAGAGAUUAGGUAUGUUGGUGACAGAACAGGAAUCACUGCAACCAUGAUGAUGCCAUUGGUGUUCUUAUACGCUGGAAGAAACAACUUCUUGCAGUGGUUGGUUGGGUGGAAUUACAGUACCUUUGUCAUGUACCAUAGACAUACUGCAAGAGUCAUGUUUAUGUUGGUUGUCAUCCAUGCUGUAUGUUACACUAUUGCGUUUGGAAGCAACUAUUCCUCGAGAGUCAAAUAUUUAUACCUUAAAUGGGGUAUCGCUGCCACGGUAUGUGGUGGGUUAAUUAUGAUUCAAGGUAUGCUUUACUUGAGAAGAAGAUGGUACGAAGUGUUUUUGAUUUUACAUAUUUUGUUGGCUGUGUUCUGGACUAUUGGUGCUUGGUAUCAUGUUAUUGAUUUAGGUUAUAUUUGGUUGGUCUAUCCAGCAGUUGCAGUGUGGUGCUUUGACAGGGCAGUUAGAAUUGGGCGUUUGAUAUCAUUUGGGUUUCCACAUGCAGACGUUACCUUGUUGAGUGACGAGACUUUGAAGGUUGUUAUUCCCAAGCCAAGCUACUGGAAAUCCAUCCCUGGUGGGCACGCAUUCAUUCACUUUUUGAAACCAACGUACUUCUGGCAGUCACAUCCAUUCACCUUUACCGACUCGGUAGAAAAUAAUCAUAGCAUUGUGUUGUACUGUAAAGUCAAAGGAGGAGUUACACACAGCCUAUACCAGUCGUUGGCACAAGCACCAGGAAGGACAUGCAAGAUCAGGGUUAGUGUUGAAGGACCAUACGGAGAAGCCACAGCUGCCAAGUAUGCAGACACUGCAGUGUUUAUGGCUGGUGGUAACGGUAUUCCCGGUAUCUACUCCGAAGUCGUUGACAUUGCUAAGAAGACCAAGGGCGCUCAAAACAAGUUGAAGUUGCAGUGGGUUGUCAGAGAGUGGAGAUCUUUGUACUGGUUUUACGAAGAGUUACUCAACUUGAGAGACACCAAGAUCGAGACAACUGUAUACAUCACACAGCCAUCAUGUCAUGUAUUUAUUGAUGAGUUCAACAACAGGUUCCAAGGAUUAGAGAGAUUGGAAAUUGAGGAGUCGGAAACAUCCAACUCAGAAAAAGAAUGCUCCAUCAAUGAAAUUGUUAAAGUUGAAGACAAUUCAAGUGAUGAAAAACAAGACUCAAUCAAGGACAUUACCAAGAUUGACGACAGUUCAUGUGAGGAAAAAGCCACAAGUAAUAGAAUUAUAGACGUUGUUAAGAAGGAGCUUUCACAUGUUACUUUUAAAGAAGGUAGGCCCUCAAUCAAGGAUAUCGUUCCCCAAGAAAUUCACGAGUCAAAUGGUUCAGUUGCUUUUGUCACCUGUGGCCAUUCCAUCAUGGUUGAUGAAAUCCGUUACUAUUGUGCAAAGAAUGUUUCCAACCUGGAAAAGAAGAGAGUUGAUUUCUACGAACAAAUACAAGUUUGGGCUUAG